AUGCAGAACAUCCUGCCCCCACAGACUCACAGAUCAAAAUCUUCAUACACUGCAGUAAGAGGUGGAGGGAAUAAGAAGAAUGAGAGAAAAGCCUUCCUCAGAGGUCAUAAGAUGAGAGAGAAUUCACCAAGCAGUUGCUGGCAGGCCUCCCCAGGCCUUCACUUGGAUCUUAGCAUGAAGCCCUCUCUGAAGUCCUGUGAGGUCACUCCAUUGCUCAGUGAUGUGACACAGCCCACCCACUCUCUUCACACCCCAUUACUUGCAUCCUCCACCUCUGAUAUAUCGUACAAUAUGGCCUGGAGAGUCCUACCUAAGGAGGUUGCCAUAAACACGGAAAAGGCCUUGGGAGGAGGGAAGUUGCUGGAGGUAGUCUCUGUGGUAAAGGAGACCCUGAAGACAGCAUCCAGUGCCCCAGUGAACAUUGCAGUGACUGGAGACUCUGGCAAUGGCAUGUCCUCCUUCAUCAAUGCACUGCGGGGAAUUGGGCAGGAGGAGGAGGACUCAGCUCCCACUGGGGUGGUGAGGACCACCCAGAUUCCCACUCGCUACUUUUCCUCCCACUUUCCCAACGUGGUGUUGUGGGACCUACCCGGAAUAGGGGCAGAUACCCAAAGCCUGGGGAACUAUCUCCUGGAGAUGCAGUUUAGUCUGUAUGACCUCUUCAUCAUCAUUGCAUCAGAACAGUUCAGCAUGAAUCUUGUGAAGCUUGCCAAAAUCAUCCAGGGCCUGGGAAAGAAGUUCUAUAUUGUCUGGACCAAGCUGGACAGGGACAUCAGCACAAGUGCCCACCUGAAGGAACAGCUCAUGAAGAAUAUUCAGGAGAAUAUCCAGGAAAAUCUCCAAAAAGAGGGAGUGUGUAAACCCUACAUAUUCCUGGUCUCUAGCUUUGACCCCUUAUUGCAUGACUUCCCCAAGCUUAGGAGCACCUUGCACAGGGACAUUUCUGACACCAGGUACCAUGGUCCCCUAGAGAAUCUGUCCCACGCUUAUAAGAAGGCCAUUAACGACAAAGUGAUCACUUGCAGGAAGAAAAUAGCCUCAAAGUCUUUUGACACCCUUGGUAUCUGGAAUGCAGAUGAUCUGGGGCAAAGUCUGAUGUCCUACCACUCUCUUGGUAUAGAUGAUGAAUCUCUCUGGCAGAUGGCUCAGAGUAUGGGGAAGUCCAUAGAGGAGUACAGGGCCCUUAUGAGGUCUCGAGAUCUAAACACUGUCCUCAGAGGGGACUGGCCAUUUUCUUGCAUGAAUUGUAAUGUAGUCUCUUGCUUAUGUUUAAUUCUGAGAUGUAUCCCACUGUUAGGUGGCUUUGUUUUCAACUCCCUUAGAAAGUGGAAACACAGACGUCUCCUUGAAAUAGUUGCCAAGGACACCAAGGACAUCCUGAAGAAAAUCCUGACAGACUCCAUCAUCUGAAGAAGUGAUGUCUCAGCAGCCUCCUUCUGAAGGGAAGUCAGGACAUCUGGGGUCCUGUCCUCACAUCCUUUCUCAAUUCUCAGUCAAGCUCAAUUACUUUCACUU